CCCUCCCCAGGGGCUGCCCCUGCCCCUGCGCCUGGUGCCAAACUCCCCUGGAUCCCCUCUGGUCCUGGGGCCCCUGAAGGCCCCCAGGCCCUGCGCCUGUCUGUGCCCCCGCCCGGGCAGGACACUGGGCUCCCAGCUGGGGGCGAGGGGAGCUGUGCCCAGGCAGGGGGCCGAGCCGAGCACUAUGUGAAUGGCUCUGGGGGUGCUCAGCGCGCCCGACAUGGACUGGGAGAAGCUGAGCCGGCGGCCCGGGCUCUCCCUGCGGGUGGACCGGCUGGACGAGGGUGACGGGGAGCCUCUGGCCGCCUGGCAGGGCUGUGGGCGCCUCCGGCCCUCCUCGUACCGGGCCCUGCGCAGCGCUGUCUCCACCCUGGCCCGCAUCGACGACUUCUACUGCGAGAAGAUCGGAGCCGGCUUCUUCUCCGAGGUCUUCAAGGUACGGCACCGCCAGUCCGGCCAGAUCAUGGUGCUGAAGAUGAACAAGCUGAUGAGCAACCGGGGGAACAUGCUGCGGGAGGUGCAGCUCAUGAACCGCCUCUCGCACCCCAACAUCCUCAGGUUCAUGGGGGUCUGUGUGCACCAGGGGCAGCUGCACGCGCUCACGGAGUACAUCAACGGCGGGAACCUGGAGCAGCUGCUGGACAGCCCGGUGCCGCUCUCCUGGGCCGUGCGCAUCCGGCUGGCCCUGGACAUCGCCUGCGGCCUGCGCUACCUGCACUCCAAGGGCAUCUUCCACCGCGACCUCACCUCCAAGAACUGCCUGGUGAAGAGCGAGGACAAUGGCUACACGGCCGUGGUGGGCGACUUCGGCCUGGCAGAGAAGAUUCCCACCUACAGCGAGGACGCUCAGAAGGAGCCGCUGGCCGUGGUGGGCUCGCCGUACUGGAUGGCCCCGGAGGUGCUGCGUGGGGAGCUGUACAACGAGAAGGCUGACGUCUUUGCCUACGGCAUCAUCCUGUGUGAGACCAUCGCGCGGGUCCCCGCGGAUCCGGACUACCUGCCCCGCACCGAGGAUUUUGGGCUGGACGUUGCCGCUUUCUGCAACAUGGUGGGGGACGACUGCCCUGCGGCCUUCCUCCAGCUGGCCUUCCACUGCUGCAGGAUGGAGCCGACGGCCCGACCCGCCUUCGUGGAGAUCACGCAGCGCCUGGAGGGUAUCCUGCAGCACCAGCUGGGAGCGGGGGGCACUGGCCCCGACCCACAGAGCGAUGGGGAGAGCGUGCCCUCGCCCGGGACCCCGGCCACGCCGAACGGCGAGGCAGCGAGCGAGCCCGCGCUCCCCAAGCAGCCAGCGCCGCGGGAUCUGAGCUGGCCGCACCUCCAGCCCGACCCCCGCCUCGCCCGCAGCCGCUCGGACAUGUUCCCCCCCAGGUCCCCGGCCCUGCUGCCGCCUCAGGAGCCCGACGCGGGCGCCCGCCCCAAGGAGAUGCCGCUGCGCCUCAACCCCUUCUCCCGGCGCGAGGACCUGAAGGGCGGGAAGAUCAAGCUCUUCGACACGCCCAGCAAGUCGGUCAUCUCGCUGUCCUUCGCCCUGCCGCCGCCCGCCCCCUACCAGCUGGGCACGCCCGUCACGCCCGAGCCCGUGGUGGAGGCGCAGUGCGACUUCUCCGCCCCCCUGGUGCUGACAGGCAAGAGCCGCUCGCUGCCCACGUCCCCCGAGCCGGCCCGCCGGGGGAGCCUGGCUCUGUGGGGGGAGCUGGCCCGCGCCUGCCGGCGGCAGGAGUCCCCGGCGUGUGGGGAGGGCCCCCAGCCUCACAGCCCCUUCCCCGCUCAGAGCUGGGGGGCGACGGGGGAGGUGGCAGGGCGCUCGCCCCUUCCCAGUCCCCCCGCGGUGGAGCAGAUGGACUGCAGCCCCGACAGCCCCGAGCCCGAGCCGGCGCCCGCCCCGCCGCUCACCAACGGCACCUUCAUCAGCACCUCGGCGUCGGGCGCCCAGCCCUGGCCGCCGGGGCCCCCCAACGGCCUGCCCCUCAACAACAACAGCGUGGUGGUGAGCACCCCGCACGGCUGGGGCCGCGGCCUGGAGCGCGGCUGCUCGGAGCUCAGCAUCCCCCGCGCGGCGGCCUUGGAGCGGACGGAGCACUCGAGCACGCUGCCCCGGCAUGCCUCCAGCGCCGGGCUGGAGCAGGACGAGGUGCUGGCCUGCCCCGGCUGCUGCCUGGGCCCCUUCAGCUUCAGCUUCGCCUCCGUCUGCCCUCGGCCCGCGCCCAGCCCGCCCCGCUACCAGCACCUCACCUGCGAGGCCAAGAGCCUCCUCUGCCAGGACCGGGGCCACCACCCCAAGCGCCCGCCCGAGCCCAGCCUCAAGCUGCCGGAGGCGCAGUCCUAGUGGGGGGCAGAUGGGCGAUGGACAGAUGGGCGAGCCCCCCCGCCUCGGCUCCAGCUCCCCCCAUGGCCUGCGCUGAGCAGGGCCCGGAGCAAGGAGCCCAGGAAUCCCCGGACCUGGCCUGCCGGCCGGGACCCCACUUCUCCCCUAGGGCCGCCUCAGGGCCGCUCGCCGUGUUGGUGAGACCGUCAGCCAUUGUCAAGGCCACGCACAACCUGGGCUCAGGUCCUGGCUGGCCAAGUGUGAGCGGGGAGGAGGGGGACCUCGUGCAGGGAGCGAGAGGCUGGGCACAGACCCAGCAGCCGGCUCUGUGCGGGGCUGGCUCCCUGCAGGGGCACGGGGGGUGGGCGAGUCGUGCUGGGCUGAUGUGCAAUAACAUGGCGGCCUCGUGCGCACGACCCCGUCGGGGCCAGCGCUUCCCCUAGGAGGGGGGAGCGGUGCCGGUUCAUGUCCCACCAUGGGGACGUGGCUGGGCAGAGGGGCUCUGCACCCCCACUCAAAGCUGGGGGCUCCGGUGACCAGACACAGGUGUGGCACUGAUGGACCAGCGGGGCGCGAUGCCACCCAGGAGUCUCUGGGAAGGCUCGCUGGGGCAGGUGGGCUGGGCCGGCCCUCCAUGCCGCCCCUCCCUGCCCGCGGCUGUGGGGAGAGGAGCAGGGGUGACCCCUGAGCAGGUGCAGUCAGGGGGUCACUCCAGGGCCUGGGGCUCCUUCUUGGUCGCUUGUCCCUGCACGUCCGCUCCCCAGCCCCCGUGCUCAGAGGCGAUGGGAGCACAAGCCUGGGGGGCAGCAGUGUGCACUGGGGGCUCCCCUCUGUCCAUCACACACAGGGGUAAGGGGGCUGGGUAACGGGUGAGCCGGGCGCUGAGCAGGGGAGACAGCACGAUGCCCUCCCCCAUGGAACCUGCCUGUCUGGGGGAGGGGGGGGGGCAGGGCCUGCGGCCCGCCAGGCACAAAGCAGGCUGGAUGCCAGUCCCUGGCAAGUGGGGAUAAAUACACCCCCCCACCCCACCCCCAUCACUUCCUGGUUCAGGCCCUGCCCCCUCCAUGGCGGCUGUGGAGCAGCCAAUGGGGCAGGUCUGUUUGCAAUAUGGUGGCUGGGGCUUGCCCCCCCCCCCCCAGCUGCGUCCCCAAGCUGCCCAGUCCCUGCCUGGGGUGGCCCCCGGGCUCCCCGCAGCCGACGUGUACGAUGCCCUGGUGCGUGCAGACUCUUGUUUUUUAUUAUGAUUGAUAAUUGCUAGUAAUAUAUACGGCUUAUUUAAGGUGUUCCAAUAAAAGUGACUGUCCCAGCA